AACCAAAAUGUACAGUUUAUUGUCCCUUCAAACGUCAUAAGACAAUUAAAAAUUUAUCCACUGUAAAAAAUAAUAACUCAAGUAAAUGUUGAAGAAAUUAAAAUUAUAUAUGAAACCGAACAUUUAUUAAUCAAUGUAAUGAGGGUCCCAUUCGAUGGCGGCUAUUAGUUCGGAUAAUCAAGUAUCUCCACAAAGUUUUGUUGAAGAAGUUAAUUACGAUGAGAUAACUAAAAUUCAGGUCAUUGGUAAUGGAACAUUUGGAGUAGUUUGGAAAGGUUUGUGGCGUGAUAAAUAUGUUGCCGUUAAGCAUAUUGUAUCAGAAAGUGAAAAACAAGCUUUUACAACAGAAGUGAGAUUAUUAUCACGAGUUGAACAUGAAAAUAUUGUUAAAUUGUACGGUGCGUGCACUCAAGGGGCUCAUGUGUGUCUAGUUAUGGAAUAUGCUGAAGGUGGUUCUUUAUAUAAUGUAUUACAUUGCAAUCCUAAACCAAAGUAUACUGCUGGGCAUGCGAUAUCUUGGACAUUACAAUGUGCAAAAGGUGUCGCUUAUUUACACGCAAUGCAGCCUAAACCAUUGGUACAUCGCGACUUGAAACCACCAAAUUUAUUAUUAGUUUCCGGAGGUCAACAUUUGAAAAUAUGUGAUUUUGGAACGGCUGCAGAUAUAAGUACCUACAUGACUAACAACAAAGGUUCAGCUGCUUGGAUGGCACCAGAGGUGUUUGCUACUUCUUCAUAUACAGAAAAAUGUGAUAUAUUUAGUUGGGGCAUUAUUUUAUGGGAAACAUUAUCAAGAAGAAAACCAUUUGAAAAUAUUGGAAAUGCAUUUUGUGUUCUAUGGGCAAUUUUUUCAGGUAAACGACCACCGUUAAUUGAAGGCUGUCCUAAACCAUUAGAAAAGUUAAUGGUGAGUUGUUGGAGUAAGGAACCUGCAGAUCGACCUGACAUGAAAGAGGUAGUGAGAAUUAUGACCGAAUUGUUACCUUUUUUUCCUGGAAGUGAAAAUCCAUUAGUUUAUUCAAAUGAAAGCAUGGAAUAUGAAGAAGAAGAAGAGGAUCCAUAUUAUAGUGAAGAAGAAAUUGAAAGUUUUAAUACAUUAGGACAAGCUACUUUACGGAAUGGCCCCCAAUUGACCCUUUCAAACACAAAUUCAAAUCUUACACCAUUAGAGCUGACAGUUGAUCCAAAUGCAUGGGAAUUAAAUGAAGAGGAUUCCGAUCGGUAUUUGGUAAAUGAAUAUGAAAAAAUAAUGUCUACAAAAGAAAACAUGACAAAAGGAUCUCAGCAUCAUCAUACAUCGACAAAUAAUUCAUCAGAAGAAGCGUGUGGUACAAAUGAAUCAGAUCCCGACUUAGAUAAUAUGUAUUUGAUGUUGGAAUCUCAUCUGCGACCAAUCACACCAGACUUAGAUGUACCUCAAUCGAAACAAAUAUUUGAAGAACAUAAACAAUUAGCACAGGAAUAUUUUAAGGUUCAAACGCAGUUAGCAUAUUUAUCACAACAUAGAAACGAAUUAUUACAAAAACGUGGUGGUGAACAAGUAAUACAAAGACAAGAAUUAAAUAAAUUACAAGAUGAACGUGAUCAAUUGAGAAAAUUACACCAUAAUUUAUGUUGUCAAUUAGAACUUUUACAAAAUUCAAAUCUGUCACAACCAGUACAAGGAGAAGAUGAUUGGGAAAUUGUAUCGAGGCAUCAGAAUUGAGAAAAAUGUGCGCGAAAAUGUGCUAAAAGAAGACCAAAUAUAAUUUUUUUAACUGAAUAAAAUACUUGUAAGAGUAAUCCAAAAAAACAGGAAUAAGUGUUGUUACAUUUUUCAGAAGUGAUAUAAUAAAAUGUAAAACUAUCGAAACGGCCUCGCUUGUGUAUAGGUUUUUAGUGAGAGUUUAAUUUCCAAGUUCUCAGUUGGUAUUAGUUUCGAAAUAUCACUUUCAAAUUAGAUGAGACGAAGAGAAAUUUGUGUUCCACUCACUCAAUGCCGCUAUCCUCGUCUACUGAAUUGUUCGGCAUUUUUUAUGGUAGCAUUUAUAUAUAAAAAUAUAUAUGUGUAUAUUUUUUCAUUAAAU